UUGGCCACGCCUGCCGGUGCUCCAAACCAACGAGUCUGUGUCAAACGAGGCGCGUUUCGGCCUCCGCGGCCUUGGUUACGCCGAUUCUCGACUCAUCGCGGAGCUCGGCAAUUGCCGAUUCCCAAUCAAGUCCACCAUCCAACCAUCCUCUCUCCUCCCCGUCCAGCACCGACAGCAUUUCCACCGGCCUCGUCGGUACACAACACGCGAGUACAUGUGUUGUCCGGCUUGUCUGUUGACCUGGCAACACCGGCAUCUGCAAUGUGGGCGCGCACGUCUCCUCGCCUGACCCGAGCCAGGCCACGGCAACUGGCCAUCGGCGAAAGAGCGGAGGCUGCUUCGCUUCUGCCGAAGCAUGCCUUUCUGGGUCAAUCAUGUGUUGCCUCGGCGUCCCGCCCUGAUCGGGCAGAAGAGAGACCAUCUACUCCUGGCUCCACCACCACCACCACCACCACCACCACCACCCACUUGUCUCGGCCGGCCUUUAAUCCAGAUCACUUUGGCCCGGACGGCGGCGUGAUCUGCGCCGCUUGCCCGCGGCCCGUCCGACCCGACUCCGGCCGCCGGCCUACCAACCCGGCGACGGUCACUGUUGCCCUCAAGCACACACACCUCGAGGCAUGGUGUGUUUGUUUGUGUCUCUGUUGGCAGUCUUGGGCAAAGUUAGCGGCCCUAGUUACCGAGAUUGUGCUUUUGAUUAGAUUUGGCAGCUUUGCACAAUUGUCCGCUUGUACUGCUGAUGCAUGCACGUGUGGCUGUCUGCGUGUACAGCGCACAAUCACACUUUCACUCGGUGCCGCUUGGCCUCGUUGGCCUCACUGUACCGUCACAUUGUCAGCUGGGCCGUGUGUUUCUCCGGUCGGUUCGCGUUUGGGGUGGUGGGCAGACGAGGAGGUGUGGUCUGUUCUGCCCUCUCGGCUUCCCGAUCGCGUCGGCCGUGCCAAUGGAAUGCCACUCGCUCGAGUGGUUGUGCAU